GAUCGACAACGUUCGACGAGUACACAGAUCAAGUCAGCGAAUUCUCAGCGCUAAAAAUUGUUUAAACAACAAAAAAAAAAAAAAUAAAACUUGUGAACUUUUAGUUUUGUAUUAUUUGAUUUACGUGAUAAUAUCAUUUUUGCUCGGUUUCAUAAGCAAAAACAAACAAAUCAAGAACAAUAGGCUGACAGCCGCUUAAAUUCAUAAACAAUCAAGUUCGCACAGCAAAAGUAUUUAAUGGAUUCCAAGUGUCAGUGACUCUAUAUAUAUUCCUAAAAAAAAAAAUAUAUAAAAAAAACUAUUGACAACCUCAAGCAACAUCGGCAAGAGCAACAGCAACAGCAAACAACAAAAAAGCUAAAUAUAAACAUACAUACACACGCGAACUGCUGUAUAAUCAGUCAAUAACAACUGGUGAUAAUAAAAGAACUUACAACAACAACAACAUCGACAGCGACAACAAACGAAGCCACCAGAGAACCAGUAUAAAGUUCAAUAUAUAUAGAAACUGCCAACGUUUAUUUCAAAUAAAACAAAGCAGCAGCAAAUCGUGCUGAAAUCAUUCAAGUAUUUUUGGCUAAUUACACGGCAUACAAAUGGCAGCCUACCUGGAUCCCACUGGCCAAUACUGAAGACAUUGCCAACACGUCCAACACAAAACAGUCACAAAAGCUUUCAAAUCUACAUAACUUAAUUAUUGUACACAAUGGCAGCUUAUCUGGAUCCCACUGGCCAAUAUUAAGCAAAAAAAAGGGAAGAAAGAUUUCAAUUUGAAGCAUAUUAAAUCAUUGAAAAGUCUCAAAAUGUCGCUUGCUUUGGAUCCCACUGGCACCUACUAGCCACUCUCGUGACUCUACACAUUUAGUAUAACCACAAUUGGCAACAAUUUGCAUCAGCCAAUUCCAGCAACUAUAAAACUACAAAAUGCUCGAUCUCGAUCCAACGGGCACCUAUCGACGUCCACGGGAGACGCGUGACACACGCCACAAGCAGAGGCAGCAACUGGCCAGCCUAGAACUGGACCCCACCGGACAGUACUAGGCGGUGAAAUAAACGGAAAGUAACACCCACAGUCCACAACACAACACAACACAGCACACCGCCUUUGCCUUAUCCAAAAUUCUGGACAUGAUUGGGGGAGCGCGUUGGUUGCGCCUGCGUGGCCGCGAGGAGACUUCCAGCUGCCGGC